UCAGCAUGAAAGAAAUUGCGGGGAAGUUUGCGCGUUCGCUCUGUUGCACAUGCGAGAAAUGCCGUGCAGUAGCUGUGUCGGUGUUGUCCCUUGAUAACCCUAGGAGUUAAUUUGCUCAGCAAAACUAUUUCGAGGAGAGUUACAAUGAACAUAUUCGAGCCCGCGUAUGUGGCCAAUUUUGCGGGCGCCGCAAACUGCUUCUCGGCUGUCAGUUGGUCACCUCACAACAAGCUGUGCGCUAUCACCAAUGAAGCGAUACGCGUUCUGGGUUCACCUUGUUCACCUAGUGAGAGUGGCUACCCUCUCCAGUUCAACAAGGCACGGAUACCGAAUCCAGACAAACCAUUUGAUAUCGCCACAACUCCCUAUGACGGCAAGCUUGAGAACCUGGACGUUGAUGAUCGGCACUCACUAAUGAUGGACAUCACGCUUUCACCUGACAGCGCCAAUGCCGUCCUGCACAAGACAUACCAUAGGGCACUGUGGUCUCCAAUGCAUUUGGGUGGCAAGAACCGGUGCCUUCUCGCAACACUUACUCGGGACCAUCGAAUUCAGAUCUACCAUGAGCGUAUCGAAGCACAUUGGGACUGCUUGGCAGAACCCUCUCAAGUGCAUUAUGAACGGGCCAAAGAGUCGUGGACCCGACCUAGUAGGCAAAAGAAGAGUGAGAAGCCUGCUGAGUACUCGAAACGUGUCUUUGACCUUCUAAAGGAGAGGAGCUACUCUGUGGCAGCCCUCGAAAUUGUUUGGUCUCACCUUAUAGAGAGUGAUGAUGCGAAGUCGUUCGCUCUCCUCAUGGAGGUCACUCGUGGUGGGCAACUUCUGGUAUGGAAGGUACCAGCUCUUACUGAUGGUCAGAGUUUCGAAGUUGAGCUCUUGAAGGAAGAAAAAACUAACAUCAUGCGUGCUGGACGGCUUUGUUGGCACAAAACAUCCAAGACCUCUGGUCUUUUGGUGGCAGGCUCCGAUGAUGGUAGUGUGACCCUGCAAGCAAUAACACUGUGCUCUGGAGAAGAUGAAAAAGUGCGGCUGGGCGAACCACUUGCCCUCUGGGAAAGUGAUGGGAGACCAGCACAGCACGCAGUUUGCACACGCAGUGAAGGAGACAGCUGCCUGGUGUGCGUGGCCAAGGGGCGCUUCCUAUACUGCUUCAGGGUGACUGCAGAUGCUGACACGGGCAGGGCACAACUCCUGCACAGCACUGUUAUCCGCAAUGCCUGCGUCUCUUCGGUCACAGCCCUUGACAAGUGCCCCUCAAACAAGCAUGACCUGCACCUUCUUGUGUGCACGAUGAAUGCAGAGAUUGUGAACGUUUACAUCGACAGCAAUCUCAACUUCAACAUUGAGAAACUACACAUCGAGCUGCCCUGGAUGCUUCAACCUGUAGGCCUGGCUGUCUCGCCUAAUGGCAUCUACUUCGCAUCAUUUUAUCAUAUCACAACAAUGGUCCAUGAAAAUACCGUCAAGGAGCCACUACAGCUGAUGGUCUACAACCGGAGAGAUGCAGCCGAUGUGUCCGAUUUGCUUCUUAGUGAAGCCAGAAAGCACAGAACCACAACAGAUGCCCAGCUUGUGAAUUUUUCAGACUGCCUUGACCGCAUUCACUCGUACAGCUGUGGCAAAGCGGACCUGCUGGAGGAACUGAAGCUAUACAUGACAGAUAUCUGUGCGCUCGAAUCACUAGACAACGUCUCCAGAUUUGGACUUCAGUUAUUCUGUUUUCUCAAGAGGAUGGAAGGAACUGUAACCAAAUCUACUGAGCUGGACCAACACCUCACCAGGGCACAUAUGGAGCUUUUGCGCAGACACAUUGGGGCCACUGUCAGCACUUGCAAUGCCAGCCAACUCACCGAACCUCAGAAGACAUCACUACGGCUUUUCUGCAACUGGCUGACCACCUCAGGUGUCGAGCCCAGAGAGCGGAUCUCCCAGCUUUUCACCUCCUCUGAGCCAUUGGCCAGUGUUGUGGCCUCCGCUGUGGAAGGAGGGCUGAUUUUCGAAGAGUGUGCCAUUUGUGGGGAUGGCAUACCUUUCCAAGAGCUGAGCCACGGGACGUGUGGCCAGGGCCACCGAUUUGGCAGGUGCAUCAACUCGCUGUUGGUGUGCAAUGGCACUCCUCCUAGGUGGUGCAGCAUCUGUCAGCAGUUUCAACAACGCAAAAUCAUCUGGCCAGAUGGCACGAUCUGCCUGUAUUGCGGCAAGGGGCUCGCAUAACUUAGCCAAUCAGUGACGAGUGUUUGUAUAUCUACUACUUAGAGCCCCUCGGACAAGCUUUCUCUGAGCAGGUCAAAUUCCACCCAUUCUUUGUUUCUCUCGGCACUCCUCAUUUACUCCCUCCAUCAACUUCUGCAAACCACAGUGCUGACCACAGCCCCAUGCCUGCUCAUAACCUGCUGCACUACUCAGACCUGCUGCAAGGUAUACUGGAGAAGGGAAACGGUGGAAUUAGCAUGAGUGACAGUUCGGACAACGAUAGCACAGACCAAAAGUCGUAGUGGCACAAGAUGGUGACCCAUGAAAUUUCAGUGCCCACUUGCUUUACGACUGCCACUCAGGUGUACAGAUGUUGUUUGUGUAAAUAUAACUGAGGACCUUUAUUUUUAUGCAUAAUAAAAAGAUUCAGUCUCGGA